GCGCCCCGGGGUCCACCUUGCGCCGCCCCGCGCGCAGGAGAGGAGCAGCUGCCGGGAAACCCUAUGAAGUCUCCAGAAAGGGCGUGACGAAGGGUCCUGCGGGGCGCGGUCCCGGCCGCCCGGGUCCCCCUUGGAGGAGCUCGCCGGCAGCAGAGCAGAGGAGCAGUGGUGGAGGAGGAUGAGCGUGCAGCCUCUGGGAACCUCUGCGCGGUAAUGCCAGCAUGAUGGGUGAGGCACCAGGGAUGAGGUGCAACCAUCGGAGAUGGAAGCUGAGCGCCCUUCUGCUCCUGUUUGCUUUAUGGAUUAUGUGUGCUCCUCACUCAGUGUGGGGAUGUGACAACUGCAGGACUAUCCUAUCCAAUCCUUCUGGAACCUUUACUUCUCCAUGCUACCCUAACGACUACCCUAACACUCAGUCUUGCUCAUGGACCCUCCGAGCCCCUACUGGCUACAUCAUCCAGAUAACAUUUAAUGACUUCGACAUUGAAGAAGCUCCCAAUUGCAUCUAUGACUCAGUAUCCCUUGAUAAUGGAGAAAGCCAGACAAAAUUUUGUGGAGCAACUGCCAAAGGCCUGUCAUUUAACUCAACUGUGAAUGAAAUGCAUGUGUCUUUUUCAAGUGACUUUAGUAUCCAGAAGAAAGGUUUCAACGCCAGCUACAUCCGAGUUGCCGUGUCCUUACGGAAUCAAAAGGUCAUUUUACCCCAGACAUUAGAUGCUUACCAGGUAUCAGUUGCUAAAAGUGUCUCCAUUCCUGCGCUCAGUGCUUUCACAGUGUGCUUUGAAGCCUCCAAAGUUGGCAAUGAAGAUGACGACUGGAUAGCUUUCUCCUACUCCGAUGAGUCCCUCACACAGCUGCUCAGUUUUGAAAGGGCCAACAAUGGCUACUUCCUGUCUAUUUCUGGCUCAAGAUGCAUGCUGAACAGUGCAUUGUCUGUGAAGGAAAAUGAAGACAUCUUCACAGAAAACUUUGAGCAGCUCUGUCUCGUGUGGAAUAAUACUUUGGGCUCUGUUGGUGUAAAUUUCAAAAAGAACUAUGAAAUGGUUCCAUGUGAUUCCACCAUGAGUACAGUCAUAACUGGGGAUGGGACAUUGCUGUUGGGCUCCAAUAGAGAUGAAAUUGCCUCUCUAAAAGGCAGCAUCUAUAACUUUCGACUUUGGAAUUUUACAAUGGAUCCGAAAGUCCUCGCCAACCUCAGCUGUAGUGUGCCUGGGAAUGUUGUGGACUGGCACAAUGACUUCUGGAGCAUCUCAACCCAGGCUCUUAAAGCUGAGAACAACCUGAGCUGUGGUUCCUACCUCAUCCCGCUCCCUGCAGCUGAGCUGACGAACUGUUCAGAUCUGGGGACUCUCUGUCAAGCUACUGUAAGCCCUCCUAGUACUACACCACCCACUGUCACCACUAAUAUCCCUGUUACUAACAGAGUCCGUAAACAAAAGAAUGAUGGGAUAAUGUAUAGAAUAUCUGUUGUGAUUCACAAUGACCUUAAUCACCCUGAAGUGAAGGUGCAGAGCAAGGUAGCUGAAUGGCUCAAUUCAACCUUCCAGAAUUGGAACUACACUGUCUACGUGGUUAAUAUAAGUUUGCAUCAUAUCACAGGGGAAGACAGGAUUAAAGUCAAGAGAGACACCAUGGAUGAUGACAAAAGGUUGGUGCUGUGGGCUCUUCUAGUCUACAAUGCCACCAAUAAUGCCAACCUCGAUGGAGAAGUGAUCGAACAGAAGCUUUUAACAAAUAACGCAUCGCUGGAGGAUGGCCUGAGACUGUACACAGUCAAUGUGAAGCAGCUAGGUCUGUGUAGUGCCUUGGAGGAUCCAGAGGGCUUUAGCUGGCCAGCUGCUUCACCUUCUGUCUACAAACAUCCGUGCCCUAACAAGCCUGGCUUUUUUGUGACACGGACAUGCCUUUCUAAUGCAACAUCGACCUUCUGGGGCCCCAUUGAUACCUCCAACUGUUCAAGACAAUCAAAUGAAGUGGCCAAUGAAAUAUUAGACUUAACUAGUGAUGGGCAGAACCUAACCUCAGCCAAUAUUAACAGCAUUGUAGAACAGGUCAAAAGGAUUGUAAACCAAGAAGAAAAUAUUGAUAUAGCGCUCGGCUCCACUCUCAUGAAUAUAUUUUCUAACAUCUUAAGCAGUUCGGAUAGUGAUUUGCUUGAGUCGUCUUCUGAAGCUUUAAAAACAAUUGAUGAGCUAGCCUUUAAAAUAGACCUGAAUAGCACACCACAUGUGAAUAUUGCGACACAGAAUUUGGCUCUUGGAGUUUCAUCCCUGAUGCCAGGGACGGAUGCACCUUCAAAUUUUAGCAUUGGCCUUCCAAACAAUAACGAGUCCUAUUUCCAGAUGGACUUUGAGAAUGGACAGACAGAUCCAUUGGCAUCUGUGAUUUUACCCCCAAACUUGUUGGAGAAUUUAAGUCAAGAAGACUCUGUAUUAGUCAGAAGAGCACAGUUUACCUUCUUCAACAAAACUGGACUUUUCCAGGAUGUUGGAUCGCAAAGAAAAAUCCUAGUGAGUUAUGUGAUGGCAUGUAGCAUUGGAAACAUUACUAUCCAGAAUCUGAGGGAUCCAGUUCAAAUCAAAAUCAAACAUACCAGAACUCAGGAAGUGCAUCGUCCCAUCUGUGCCUUCUGGGAUAUGAACAAAAAUAAAAGUUUUGGUGGAUGGAACACCUCAGGAUGUGUCGCAAGCUCUGAUUCGGAUGCUGGUGAGACCAUCUGCCUGUGUAACCACUUCACUCACUUUGGAGUCCUGAUGGAUCUUCCAAGAAGUGCCUCACAGAUAGAUGGAAGAAACACAAAGGUCCUCACUUUCAUCACCUAUAUUGGGUGUGGAAUAUCUGCUAUUUUCUCGGCUGCAACUCUCCUAACAUAUGUUGCUUUUGAGAAGCUGCGUAGGGAUUAUCCCUCUAAAAUCCUGAUGAACCUGAGUUCAGCCCUGCUCUUCCUGAAUCUCAUCUUCCUCCUGGAUGGCUGGAUCACUUCCUUUGAUGUGGCUGGCCUCUGUACGGCUGUGGCUGCCCUGUUGCACUUCUUCCUCCUGGCUACCUUCACCUGGAUGGGGCUGGAAGCCAUCCACAUGUACAUUGCUCUUGUGAAAGUAUUUAACACGUACAUCCACCGGUAUAUUCUAAAGUUCUGCAUCAUUGGCUGGGGUCUGCCAGCUUUGGUGGUGUCCAUUAUCCUAGCGAGCAGAAAACAAAAUGAAGUUUAUGGAAAAGAAAGUUAUGGGAAAGAGCAGGAUGAUGAAUUCUGCUGGAUUCAGGAUCCCGUGGUAUUUUAUGUGAGCUGUGCUGGGUACUUUGGAGUCAUGUUCUUCCUGAAUGUCGCCAUGUUCAUUGUGGUCAUGGUACAAAUCUGCGGGAGGAACGGAAAGAGAAGCAACCGGACCCUGAGGGAAGAGGUCUUAAGGAACCUACGCAGCGUGGUCAGCCUGACCUUCCUGCUGGGCAUGACGUGGGGUUUUGCUUUCUUUGCUUGGGGACCCUUAAAUAUCCCUUUCAUGUACCUCUUCUCCAUCUUCAAUUCUUUACAAGGUUUAUUUAUAUUUAUCUUCCACUGUGCAAUGAAGGAGAAUGUUCAAAAACAGUGGAGGCGCCACCUCUGCUGUGGCAGGUUUCGGCUAGCAGACAAUUCAGAUUGGAGCAAGACAGCUACCAAUAUCAUCAAGAAGAGCUCUGAUAAUCUGGGGAAAUCUUUAUCUUCAAGUUCCAUUGGCUCCAACUCAACGUAUCUUACAUCCAAAUCAAAAUCCAGCUCCACCACCUAUUUCAAAAGAAACAGCCACUCAGACAGCACUUCCAUGGACAAGUCCUUGUCAAAACUGACCCAUGCUGGUGGAGAGCAGACGUCAAUCAGCCCUGUCCAUCAGGUUAUUGAUAAGGUCAAGGGUUAUUGUAAUGCUCACUCAGAUAACUUCUAUAAAAAUAUUAUCCUGUCAGAUACCUUCAGCCACAGUACAAAGUUUUAAUGUCAUUGAUAUGAGGGGAAAAAAGAAAAGAAAAAAAAGGAAACCUGUCUGGAGAAGUGUGAAGCUCUACAGGCAGUGAAAGCUAUGCCCAGCGGAAGUCGAUGUGCUGUUACCUAGGUAACUGCAGAGCCUUAAGGAUUGGAUCUUGUUAGAGAAGCUUUCGUGAGAUGCAGACUUCAUCUUUUCAGAAUAUUUCUUCUGUGGACCAGCUUCAGUCAUCACUCUUGAGAACUGAGAGCACCUUGAACUCUGCAAUUAGAUAGGACAUUUUUUAAAUGAGUAAUUGAAUCAAACUCAUCAGAAUUUGAAGGAAAAGGUAUUAAAAUUAGAGGACAUAAAAGGAAGAAACCCAAGAGUGAAUUCUAGUGUAGAUCUCAUCUACCCCAUCUCACGGUUAGGCUUGGAUGUGGCCUGAUUUUCAUAAAGACUACGUAGAAAACACACUAAAUAAUGUUUGUAGUGAUUUUUGGGUGCUCACGGGUUCUGUUCCAGUGCUAUUUUCUAUGAAUAUAGCAGCGUUUUUUUCUUUUUCAGUGAAAUUUCAACUGUAAGUAGAAAAGAUGUUUAAUAUUUGACCUGCAUAAAAUUAAACUUGCUUUGUUCCCUAAAAUGAUAACCAUUUAACUUUCAUGAAUGUAACUUGCUAAAAAAAAGUAUACCAAAAAUUUGAUCUAGUUGAUAUGGUAUAUAAAUUUCCAAUAUCUCAAGACAUAAAGCUUAAACAUCACCACCAUGCACAGAAGUGAGUGUGGACUUUGCAUUAAAGUGGGCUCUCUGAAUGUAAAGAACAAACCUGCUACACACAUACCCCCAUCCUCCUUCACUGUGCAUUGGGCCCACUGGCUCCGGAGAGGAGUGAGAAUUCCAGUUAAGCACCCUGUAUGGAAUGGCCUCUCACCAUGUGAAGAACACACUUUUGACAUUACGUGAAACUAUCUGUGCUUUAAUGAUUUUAAGACCAAAAUCAGAGACCUCACAUAAACUUCAGAGACCUCUGACUUCCCCUGGAAUUUUCUUCCAUCUAUCAUACACUGAAACACACAGCUGGCUCAGUUAACCAAAAUAAUUUAUAAAUAUCUAGGUCUACAACUGCUAGUCAAAAAACUAUUUGCACUCAGCCCUCCAAUCAGAGUGUGUAAGAGCCUAAGGAGGGCCAUCGAGAUAUACUACUCUUUGGUGUGAUAUUUAUGGAUGGACUGUGCCAUGCAAGUCACGUAUAGCAUUAAGCAGCUUACUAAAUCCUAAACGAUCCUAAACAAUGUGUGCUUGCUAAUGAGGGUAUAGGUUGUUCUCAAGUGAUGGAAUCCUAUCUGCUGGCUUCAGUACAUGCUGGCUUUAGCCUUGCUCAGGGUUGUCCAGGAGGUUUCAAGUAUGGCAUAACAGCAGCACAAGAUGACAAAAGAAAGAGAUUCUGACAGAGGCAGUCAGCAGGCAGAGGCCAGACCUGAACCUCUGUGCAGAAAGUAGGUCAUUCGCAGAUAAGAAGACCUUGCAGGGUUUGCAACAGAUGCAGGAUCAGCUGAAGUCUCACUGAGUGUCAAUCAUGAAGCUACUUGCCAGGCUGCAAAAGAUACUGAUAGAAUGCGGUGGUGGAUUGUUGUUGCCAUUACAUUUUGUAUCAGCCUGGACUGCCAUCUUGGUGCACAUGAGCUUUGCUGGGCCUGGCUUUCACAGAGGAGGAGGCCGUUUAGGAGAAAGAUUCACUAGCCAACCCUUUCUUUGGGCUUAUAUUAGCAGGCUGCUCAUUGUGCCAGAGGAUACAUAUGGGAAAAUUGAAGCUCCAACAGUCACUAAAUAUUCACAUACUCCCACCACAAACUUAGGUGUUCAUGAUAGAUUUUAAUUAGCUCUCUACUGUGAGAUUUCUGCACAAAGUGCAUAUUUAAUAAUAAAAAUUAUGACAUAGCUUCAAAAAUGGCUUUGCUUUUGAUUUCUACUUGAAAGUAUUCAGGUCUGAGAAAGUCUUUUUUUUAGUUUUUCAUAUUUGGCAACAAUGUCAGCUCCACUUAAAAAUAUGUCCGAUGAACAGGUAAGGGGAAAAAAUGAAGAAACAUCUGACUAGAAAUAUUUACAAGUGGAUUUAAAAGACUGAUCCAAAUUCUACCUUCAGUUCCAAGUAUGUGUCUUCAUUUGCAUUUGGCCCCUGAGAAGAACAGGGCAGGAAUUCCACUGAGGAACUAGUCUCCAGCCUCUGCUCACCUCUAAAACAGUGCCAGGCUCUGGUCCCCCCCCCCACACACACCCUCUCUUUUCACUGGGUAACAGUAGAGUUUUAGUCUAGGGUCCUGAGAUAAUCUCCAUUCUUGUCACUGGUUCUUACCGUGUAAAGAUUUUCUUUGUCGUUGGCAUUGUCUCUUCUGUACAUAUUUAUUUAUUUGUGUUCAUGUCAGUUUUGUUUCCUAUCUUAGCUUUCUGUUGCCCAGCUUUGUUGUUUUAAUUACUUUUCUAUUAGAGAGACUAUUUUUUCCUAGAAAAAUUGUGAAACAGUUUUCUGUAGCGAUAUCGUUGAAUAUGAUGGAUAAAAGCAACUGUGAGGGCAUACUAGAAUUAGUAGUGAGAAACUGCUAAAGCUGAUUUGCCAUUUUACCAAAAUGGAAAAUGAUUUUUCAAAUAAAUACUUAUGUUGUUCAUGUUCCAAAUUA